AUGGCGGAAAAACAAAACAAAAUCCCAGAUGACAUUGAGGCGUCAGGGCCCAUCACUUAUAUCCCUUCACAGACGGGUGAGAUACUCAAGGAUGAAAAUCUCACUCACGAUCCUGUUUUUGGUGAGGUCACUGAGGAUGGACCUAACUAUCGCAAUGUUGGUUGGCUGGGCACAGUCGCUUUAAUGAUGAAGACCCAAAUCGGUUUGGGUGUUCUUUCUAUUCCGUCUGUCUUCGACACACUAGGGAUGAUUCCAGGUGUCAUUCUGCUUUGCAUCGUUGCAGGAAUUGCCACGUGGACAAGUUAUAUGGUCGGCAUCUUCAAGAUCAGACAUCGCGAGAUUUACGGCAUUGAUGAGGCUGGUGGCUUGAUGUUUGGCAGAAUGGGCAGAGAGGUGUUUGGUAUUGGAUUUUCCCUCUACUGGAUCUUUGUUGCAGGAUCAGGCAUACUUGGCAUUUCUAUCAGCUUAAACGCCAUCUCAGACCAUGGAACAUGUACUGCUGCAUUUGUUGGCGUUGCGGCUGUUAUUGGAUUCUCACUCGCCAGUAUUCGAACGCUGGGCAAGAUUACUUGGAUCGCGUGGGUUGGAUUAGUUUGCAUUCUCAGUGCCGUUCUGAUUGUCACUGUCAGCGUUGGCAUCCAGGAUCGACCUUCCUCUGCGCCCCAGGAGGGCCCUUGGUCUUCAGACUUCAAACUAACCAACUCUCCAACUUUCGCACAAGGAGUUGCAGCUGUCUCAUCACUGAUCUUCGCAUGA